AUGGUUACCACAGCCUCUCGCCGAUACAAAGACUUCUAUGACUACAUACCGCUCAAAGAUGAUCCUCGUGUUGCAGGAUUGAAUAAUAUCGAUCCGUACAAAUAUUCACAAAAUAUUACCUCUUCGGAACUUGCAAAGCCGAUCAUUGCACUGUGGAAGCAGAAACUAGAAUCUCCAUUCUAUGGGAUAACCAGUGAUGGUCAUAAAAAGGAGAAUUUGUUCCACCUGGAAGACGAGAAUGCACCAACCGCCGAGAUAAAUUUAACUGAUAGGAGAAAAUGGAGCAAUCCAGAGUUUAUAAUAUUCGACGUGGGUGUCAGACUCGACCAACUCUCUGAGCAUGAGCGAAAACUGGUCAUGAAGCUUUUGAGAAGCGCUCUGAGCAAAGAGGGCUAUGAAAAAGUUCUCGGCGCUAUACAAACCAAUGCAUUCUUGGGAGAGCUCUGCGAGUCACGGGCUAUACUCAAUGACUGCAGUUACUUUGUCAUGAUCUUCGGAACGCCAUCGGUCACCACUCCCUGGGGGUUUGCUUUUUUUGGCCACCAUACCUCCCUCAACUUCUUCUUCUUGGCCAAACAAAUGACCAUCAGUCCUGUCUUCAUUGGAGCUGAACCAAAUAUCAUUAGUCACGGUCCGCACAAAGGAUUAGAAAUAUGUGUACGUGAGGAGGAACGUGGUUUGAUGUUCAUGCAAUCCCUGCCUCAGGAGCUACAAGCAAAAGCACAAAUCUACAAAGAAUUACACGAUCGGGAGAUGCCUGCAGAUCGCUGGAACCCUGCAGAUCAGCGUCACCUUGGAGGUGCCUUCCAGGACAACAGAGUCAUUCCCUACGAAGGAAUCCUCGUGUCCACUUUGUCACUAGGCGACCAAGAAGCACUCGUCGAAGUAAUAUCGAGCUUCCUCGAGAUUCUGCCGCAUCCGGUCCUCACAGCACGCCUUGCCCAGGUCAGGCGUCACUUCGACGAAACCUAUUUCUGCUGGAUUGGUGGAUAUGACAAGGAAGAUAGUUUCUAUUACCGGGUCCAGAGCCCGGUCAUUUGCGUGGAGUUUGAUCAUCAUUCAGGCGUCUUCUUGACGAAUUCAGACCCAAAGAAGUAUCACGUUCACACUAUCAUCAGGACUCCCAAUGGCAACGACUACGGCCGAGAGUGGCUGAGAUUGUAUCGCGAGGCUAACGCAAGCAACGAUUCCAAGAUGGCCAACGGAGCAUGCACAUCAGACAGGGUACCGGUUUGA